CUGAAAUUGUACGAACAUCUACUUCAUAAACCAACACAAAAGACAGAUUCCUGGUCAGUUUUGGGUGAGAGAACCUCCGCCGAAGAUGCACGCCAAGACAGACUCAGAGGUGACUAGCCUCGACACAUCAUCGCCAACCAGGUCUCCGCGGCGUCCGGUUUAUUACGUGCAGAGCCCAUCGCGCGAUUCCCAUGACGGAGAAAAGACCGCAACGUCUUUCCGUUCGACGCCGAUCCUGAGCCCCGCGGGGUCACCGCCGCACUCCCAUUCCUCCGUGGGGCGCCACUCACGUGAGUCCUCGUCGAGUCGGUUUUCGGGGUCGCUUAAGCCCGGAUCCGGCAAGGUCUUGCAGAACGACGGCUCGUCUAGGGGAGCACAUCGAAAGGGACAAAAGCAGUGGAAAGAAUACGAUAUGAUUGAAGAAGAAGGACUGCUUGCAGAUGGAGAGCGCGAUAAAAGUCUCCCCAGAAGAUGCUAUAUUCUAGCUUUUGUUCUUGGCUUCUUUAUUCUCUUCUCCAUGUUUUCUUUGAUUCUCUGGGGGGCUAGCAGGCCACAAAAACCCAAGAUCAUAAUGAAGAGUAUAAAAAUUGAGGAAUUCAAGAUCCAAGCUGGUUCAGAUUUCACAGGUGUGGCAACCGAAAUGAUCACCAUGAAUUCAACAGUGAAGUUCAUUUAUCGCAACACUGGAACAUUUUUUGGCGUCCAUGUAACAGCGACUCCCCUAGAUCUAUCAUAUUCUCUGCUCACCGUUGCUUCAGGAACCAUGAAGAAUUUUCAUCAAUCCAGGAAGAGCCAAAGGCCUGUAACUGUAACAGUGAUGGGAAACAAGGUUCCUAUGUACGGAGGUGGAGCGAGUUUGAGCAGUUCGACGGGGACAACAUCGGUUCCGAUUUCAUUUAAACUCAACUUCGUUGUUCGAACAAGAGCUUAUGUGCUGGGCAAAUUGGUGAAGCCAAAGUUCCACAAGAAGAUCGAAUGUGUCAUAACUUUCGAUCCCAAGAAACUCAAUGUCCCCAUUUCCCUCAAGAAAUCUUGCACAUACGAUUGACUGACA